CUUUCAGCCUGCUGACCUGGAGACCUUUCACCAUGAAGCACCUUCUCGUCCUGGUCCACCUCCUUCUUGCCUGCCUGGCCGCUGUCUGGUCGGCCCCUGCUGACACGGAAAAGGUGAGGUUGUGCGUCAAGUCGGACAAAGAGUACCAAAAAUGUAUGGACCUCGCAGCCAAAGCGCCUGUGUUCACCUGUGUGAAGAGGACCAACUCAAUGGAUUGUAUCAUUGCCAUUCAUCUACCAGGAAGCAGAUGCUGGAUGAGGCUCUGCUGAACUUCAUUGUCAAGGACUGCCAGCCCCUCAGCAUUGUGGAGAGUGAAGGGUUCAGGGAACUGGUGCAUGUCCUUG